GUCUGGCUGGGAAAACCUGUCUGAGCGUGAUGAAUUAUUACAUAUUACAAAAAGCACAUCGGACCCGUGUAACAACUGACACUCAUUGUAUGUGUCACUGACGGUAGUUAUACAUUUGACCGUGCCUGGGGGUGACACUGACAGACAGCUGCGCGAGACAGACGGUCCCGUGAGCUCACAUCACAGGCAGCUUUCGACCCCCUCAGCCGACCCAUUCACCGCGAGCAAAGUGUCAGAGGGGCCGCAGAAGACGCAGCAGCGGCACAAAUGUUAGUCAGCUAUCGCUACAUUUAAUGGGGAAAAAGCUGCUUCGGUACAAACUAGCGGUCCAGCCAGGUGACCGUAUGCUACCGCUUCUGUUGUAGCUAAUUUGCUGGGCAGCAGCCAGCUAACUUUAGCCUCGUCAGUUUGUGGUCAGGGCCUGUUGUUUCUGCCUCCUGCUACCUGCGCUUCGGGAAAUUCAAGGGCGAUGGAUUUCCCGGGCCACUUCGAGCAGAUCUUCCAGCAGCUCAACUACCAGCGUGUCCACGGUCAGCUGUGGGACUGUGUCAUCGUGGUGGGCAGCAGACACUUUAAGGCCCACCGCUCGGUGCUGGCAGCCUGCAGCACCCACUUCAGAGCCCUGUUCACGGUCGCAGAGGGAGAUGCGAGCAUGAAUAUGAUCCAGCUGGACAGCGAGGUGGUGACAGCUGAAGCGUUUGCUGCUCUGGUGGACAUGAUGUACACCUCGACGCUGAUGCUAGGGGAGAGCAACGUCAUGGAUAUCCUCCUGGCAGCCUCACACCUGCACCUCAACAAUGUAGUCAAGGCCUGCAAACACUACCUGACCACACGCACCCUGCCCAUGUCCCCCUCCUCCGACAGACCCACCCAUCACCACCCUCAGCUGGAGCAGCAGAGGCACAGGCAGCAGCAACAGCAGCAGCAGCAAGUCUCAGAUAUCACCGUGAACCCUACUCUCACAGCAAAUGCUAACCUCGCUGCAAACGCUGCCACGUCAAAGCUGCAGCGCUCCUUCCUCCUGCAGCAGUUGGGGCUCAGCCUGGUGAGCUCCGCUUUGGGCGGGAUGGAGGAGGAUGGAGUUGGAAAUGGGGUCGGCGGCCGAGUGGUCGAGCAGAGAGCCUCCUUUCCAAUCCGACGCUUCCACAAACGCAAGCCAUCUAUGGCUCUUGGCCUGUCGGAGGAGAGACCAAGGCAGAGGCUGCGGCCCUCUGCCCCGAACCUGGGGCUGUUAGGAGAAGGAGGGGGGAACGCAGAGCAAGAAGAAGGAGCACUGCUGUCCCCGGACUCCCACAAGAUGGGGGACGAAUCCAAAUUGGAGGCUGCAAUUACUGGCCUCGUAGGGGUGUCCCAAGAUGAUCCUCAGAUGCCCAGCCAGUCAGACAGUGGACACUGUGAGGGGGGAGACCUGGGGAGAAUGCAGGGAGGGGUGACAAAGGAGGAGGACAUGGAAGACCAGGACCACCAGGUCAACAGAGCAGGGGUGAAGAUCAAAGCAGGAGAGGAGGAGGAGGCCGAAGAACAGGAACAGAAGGUGGUGGUUAAACGAGAGCCGCUCAGUUCUCCUGAGCCAACAGAUGAAAUCAGCGACGUGACAUCGCAGGCUGAAGGCAGCGACCCGGCUGAGCCCGGAAGUCGGGAGGAGGAGGAGGAGAAGGCGGAGCUGAGCCCGGAGAGCAGCGACCACAGCUUCACCUCUGAACCCCAACCCAGCUCCGACUCUCUGCUGCAGCCCAGUUCCCAGCUCCUCCUCAAGAACAGCAUGGCAGGAGGCGCCGGAGUCGGAGGAGGUUUUGGGUGUAACAGCGGACUGGGCGGCAAACCUGGAUUUAAUAUUUCUAGCUUCCUCAGUCCUAAGGAUUUCGGAAGUGGUGUGGCAGCGUUGGUUCCUGGAGAGGAUGAGCUCCCCAAUACAACUACUGGGGAUGCAGUUGGACACCACUUCCUGCUCAGACAGGAAGCUGCCGGGCCUUCUGACUCUGCUUCUUCCUCUCUUUUGAAAUCGGGUCCACUCGGUGCAGAGAGUCGGAACACUUUUGGAGACAACCUACAAGCUGAUUCUCUGUUCCUCCGCCCGCUGCACGAUGGCUUAGGGAACCCGAGAGGAGGUGGGGGAAGUGGUGGUGGUGGAGGGCGUGGAGGGGUGGAUCCCUUUGGUUUGGACUUCCAGCGCUCCAGUUUGGGGCUGCACUCCUUGGGGAGACCCUCAAGAGGAGCAGGGGGAGCGGCCGCUGCUGCUCUGGGUUACCCAAGUUACAGACGUAUUGCUCCCAAAAUCAACCCCGGCAUUGGAGGAGAAGAAGGCGGCGUUCUCCAGGAUGCUGCCUCCUCCUCCUCCUCGAGUCUAGCAAGUCCUCUGCUACUUAACAAGAGCGGUGGAUAUGAGAUGAACAACAGCCGGCCCACCUCCCUCCCCCCUCAGCUGACCCGAGCUUCAGCAGAUGUUCUGUCCAAGUGCAAGAAGGCUCUGUCGGAGCACAACGUCUUGGUGGUGGAGGGAGACCGUAAGUAUGCCUGUAAAAUCUGCUGCAAAACCUUCCUCACCCUCACCGACUGCAAGAAACACAUCCGCGUGCACACAGGAGAGAAACCUUACGCGUGUCUUAAGUGCGGGAAGCGCUUUAGCCAGUCCUCCCACCUGUACAAGCAUUCCAAAACCACCUGUUUGCGCUGGCAGAACAGUAACAUGUCCAACGCCCUGCUGUAGGUCCGAGGGCACCGCAUUACAGUGGAGCGGGGCGACAGGGUGAAUACAUGAUGAAUCAGCGAUGGGACAAAUUUUUAAGUCAUAAAAAUGUUUUUCUGAAGCUCUGACGGAGCAGCCGGAUCUGAUCAGCUGUUAUGUCCCAAUGACAGACCAAAGAUUGAGAUGAUUUUCUAAUCAUACAUCUUUUCCCAGGAGAAAUCGACAUUGUCAAGGCGGCUAGAGUUAUUACUAACAGAUUUCAUCUGUAGAAAUAUUAAAAGGAUGCAGAUCAUGCAAAAUUUCCACAUUUGUUUCUAUGAAUUAAUCACAGAAAGAACCAUAAAUAUACACUGCUGUCAUCAUGAGAUUAUGAUCAGGAUUUUCUGGUUUCCAUGCAUCCCAUGGACUUUUCAUACUAUGAUCCAGGCCAGUUUAAGCUUUUUUUUUCUUUUUUUUAAACUUGCUACACUGUAAAAUAUAUUGUCUUUCUAAAAUGUGUCAUAUCUCUUGUGAAGUAAUAUUUCAGUCUGUUGAGGUGAUCCCUUAAUACUUAAUAUCUACAGUUUCUGAUAAACUUAUUGAAGCAUAUUUGACUUACUAAAGGCCUUUGCACAUCGAGUCUGUUUUUUUUCGGAUGCGUGUUUUUGAUCCGUCAUCCAGAAAAAAGAAAAAAAAACCCAUUAUGUACAGAAAUCUUGCUCACUCAGUCCGAUGUGUUUUAUUGUUCUAUUCAUAACAAACAUUUGCAAUUCGAGACACAUUUUCUCCCAGCAGUAAAGGACUGAGCUUCCCUCCUCUCUGUCUCCAUACGUUUGCUUUCACUAGGCAGGUUACCAUUAACCCUCAAAUUACACAAAUUUAAAUUGUGGAUAUAAAAUACACCUAAUGGAAAUGUUAGUUUCGAAAAACCUGCCAUUUAGCACAAAAAAGUUUUUAAGCUCUCAUGAGGUGGUAUAUUUGAAAAAGCCAUAUUUUGCAAAACUGCAAUGGAAUUUUUUUUUCUAGGUCACAUGAUGCUAUGGCUAUGCGCUUUUCAGUAGGAACUGACUCUCUCGGACAUGAUGCAGCAGACAAGAGGUGUUAUUACAUCACAUAAGUCUUUGAAAGUUGAGCAGAUCAUC